ACACACACACACUAUCUUGCCAAAGUUAUUGGGACACCCCUCCAAAUCAUUGGAGUCACGUGUUUCAAUCAUCUCCAUGGCCACAGGUGUAUAAAAUCAAGCACCUAGGCAUGCAGACUGCUUCCACAAACAUUUGUGAAUGAAUGGGUCGCUCUCAGGAGCUCAGUGAAUUCAAGGGUGGUACUGUGAUAGGUUGCCACCUGUGCAAUAAGUCUAUCCAUGAAAUUUCCUUGCUACUAAAUAUUCCACAGUCAACUGUUAGUGGUAUUAUAACAAAGUGGAAGCAACUGGGAACAACAGCAAGUGGUAAUCCACGUAAAAUGACAGAGCGGGGUCAGCGCUUUCUGCAUUGCACAGUGCGCAGAAGACACCAACUGUCUGCAGAGUCAAUAGCUAAAGACCUCCAGACUUCAUGAGGCCUUCAGAUCAGCACAACAACAGUGGAUAGAGAGCUUCAUGGAAUGGGUUUCCAGAGCCAAGCAGGUGCAUCCAAGCCUUACAUAACCAAGUGCAAUGCAAAGCUUCGGAUGCAGUGGUGUAAAGCACGCCACCACU